AUGACGCUUCUGAAGCCGCCGCCGCCAAUGCCGCCGCGAAUACCUGCGCUGCAGCUGAGACGCUGCUCCAUUGAAGCGGACUCCGAAAGUGAGCAGGAACACGUGCCGUACAUAGACGAGGACGAUGCUGCCAUCGAUGUUGAGGCCGAUGAGGACCUCGACGCCGAGCAGCAAGCCGCAAAUGUUUACGUCCGUUCAACGCCAUCUGCCGCGCCCCCGACGCCUUCCAGCACUUUUGAGCUGCGCACAAAAAACAACAAUUGCCUGGAACGCAACGAAGGUGCAAGUCAGGGCUCGUCAAUGCAGGCUGCUGCUGUGGAGAAAUCGAUAAUCCACAAGGCGCACUCCUACUGAGCAGUUGUCAGUGCCCGCGCCGCCUACCCCAAGCACGCCGCCCACACCGCCCACGCCGCCCACUCCCAGUUGCAUUGUAAAUUUCUAUUGAAAAGUUUGCCUAAAGGAUCAGUGGCUAAGUGCACAUCAAUUGGUUUCAAUGCUAACCACAAAGGCCAAAAAUUGAGAACGGCUCGCCGCGCCUCAUCAACAUAAUCGAUAAAAUCUGUAAAGUUUUGAAUAGUUUGUUCCUAAAGCUUUUGUAUAUAUACUUACUUAUAUAGGUGCUCGCCUAGCUCAAUCUAAGGAUGCGGACGCGGGCACCUUAAUCUCUGCAGCUUGGCAUUAACUAUACAGCUAAGUCAUAGCUCCUAUCUAUCUCUCUCUCUGUCUCUCCUUUUCCUCCCUCUCUGUUCUCAUUGUAAAUGCCUCUUGCUCAAUAGUUUAUAAGCCGUAUCUUGUAAAUGUAUCGCUUCCGUUUAUCGCUUUAUUUGUUCGCACUUUAGACUGUAUAUAUAAUAUUAUAUAUUCAAUAUGUUUUUGCAGCUUAAAAUAAUGCGGUUUUAUUUUGCUUUAACUUUUGAUUGCUGGUCAAAUGUAGGUUAAUCUCACAUAGUUAUGUCUGAUAAUCGUAACAAUAAUUGUCAGUUGGUUUCCAUAAACAGGCUAACCAAAAAAAUACAAUUUUAAAAAUAAACAAUGAUAUUAAAAAGAAAUUACAUAAUAUCUCAAUGUACGCUGUAUAAGCCAAAGCUACAAAGAAACUGGCAUAUGCACAUUUGUAAGUAUUAUAUCAAGCAAUUACCAAAUAACUAGUUAAAUUAUUACUUCAAUGUACUAAACACAUCGCAACCUACAUUUAAAGUAAGAAAAAAAUUAAAAUACACAAUAAAAUGCUUAUAUACCUAAAAAGAAAAUUAAUAAAAACCUAAUAAAAGAUAAUGUAA